GAGCAGGGCUGCCAGGGCUCGGCGCUGAGUUGCGAGGCUCGGUUGGGCUCGGCUCGGCUCUGCCGCCGCGGCUUUGUUCCGGAGCCUUUCCCCGCCGCAGGCGGGCUGGCUGGCUGGCUGGCUGGCUGGCCCCCUGCCCGCCCCUCCCUCCCGCCCCGCCACUUGCCCGGGGCGCUCCGGGAAGCUCGGCACCUCCGACCAGCUUUCCCCGGCGUGGGGGGCUGGCGGCCCGCUGCUGCCCCCUCCUGCAGCCCCGUCCGGACCGGACAGCCCCGCGGGGGACGGGCGGGGUCUUCCUCCCCCGGGGCGGGAGCAUGCUGGGCUCCUAGGCUCCCACCGGCCCCACCCCCCGGAUCCUCUCUGCCCCCCUGGAAAGGAUGAUCCUGACCUCUCAGGCCCUGCCUGCUCUGUUUCUCUUCCUGGCAUCUGCGGCUUCCUUCCCCAAAGACCUGGCUCCCUUCCACGUGGUCAGUGAGGCAGGAACCCAUCUGUAUCCUUCCUUCCGUGGCUUGGGGGGAGAGAAUGACUCGGACGCUUUGGGCCUGGACUUCCAAAGCAUGUUGCAAAUUAACCGGACGCUCUUCGUGGCUGCCCGGGACCACGUCUUCGCUUUUGACCUCGGACAGACCACAAGCAGUUUCUCCCACCAGGAACCCAUC